AUGGUGCCUUCUAUUAUUAGCGCAUACAGUUCUCCAGGCGCUAGCUGGAAGGGUAUGGUGCCUUCUAUUAUUAGCGCAUACAGUUCUCCAGGCGCUAGCUGGAAGGGUAUGGUGCCUUCUAUUAUUAGCGCAUACAGUUCUCCAGGCGCUAGCUGGAAGGGUAUGGUGCCUUCUAUUAUUAGCGCAUACAGUUCUCCAGGCGCUAGCUGGAAGGGUAUGGUGCCUUCUAUUAUUAGCGCAUACAGUUCUCCAGGCGCUAGCUGGAAGGGUAUGGUGCCUUCUAUUAUUAGCGCAUACAGUUCUCCAGGCGCUAGCUGGAAGGGUAUGGUGCCUUCUAUUAUUAGCGCAUACAGUUCUCCAGGCGCUAGCUGGAAGGGUAUGGUGCCUUCUAUUAUUAGCGCAUACAGUUCUCCAGGCGCUAGCUGGAAGGGUAUGGUGCCUUCUAUUAUUAGCGCAUACAGUUCUCCAGGCGCUAGCUGGAAGGGUAUGGUGCCUUCUAUUAUUAGCGCAUACAGUUCUCCAGGCGCUAGCUGGAAGGGUAUGGUGCCUUCUAUUAUUAGCGCAUACAGUUCUCCAGGCGCUAGCUGGAAGGGUAUGGUGCCUUCUAUUAUUAGCGCAUACAGUUCUCCAGGCGCUAGCUGGAAGGGUAUGGUGCCUUCUAUUAUUAGCGCAUACAGUUCUCCAGGCGCUAGCUGGAAGGGUAUGGUGCCUUCUAUUAUUAGCGCAUACAGUUCUCCAGGCGCUAGCUGGAAGGGUAUGGUGCCUUCUAUUAUUAGCGCAUACAGUUCUCCAGGCGCUAGCUGGAAGGGUAUGGUGCCUUCUAUUAUUAGCGCAUACAGUUCUCCAGGCGCUAGCUGGAAGGGUAUGGUGCCUUCUAUUAUUAGCGCAUACAGUUCUCCAGGUGCUAGCUGGAAG